UGUUUUUAGACUUACCUUAAAUUUUUAGAUCUAAUUAAAUAAAUAAAAAUUAAAAAUAAUCGACCAAUCAAAUUAUAAUAAUUUUUAUGAAACUUCAACUAUGAGCAACACGUCACCAAACCUCACUAAAGUGACUCUUUUAAUAUAUAGGGGGAUCCUAAAAAAAAUAUUUAAAAUUAAAAUAAUUUUCUAACCAGGUUUUUUGUUAUUUUCGUGUUAUGGGGGAGAAAAUGGUAUUUGAGGAUAUUUUAAAAAUAAAAAAACAGCAGAAAAUAAAUAAUUGGUUCGAAAUGUCGUUUUAAUAGGUUCAGCGCCAACAAUCAGUCAGGAAACUAUAACUUCACCUUCCAUUCUCUCUAUCUUCUUUUCAGUCAUCUCCAUCUGUGAUUCUCGUACAGUAUCUCUAACCUCAUUAAAGAAACAAUGGCGACUAAAGAUGAAGUCCAGAACGACCCACUGUUGCAGGCAUCAGAAAGUGACGGUCACGAAGAGUUCAACGGUGCUUCUUUCACCGGAGCGGUACUCAACCUCGCAACGGCGAUCAUCGGUGCUGGUAUCAUGGCUUUGCCCGCCACGAUGAAGGUCCUCGGACUUGUUCCCGGAAUCGUGAUGAUCCUUCUCAUGGCUUUCUUGACCGACAAGACUAUUGACUUCUUGCUUAGGUUUAGCGGAUUCGGGAACGCUAGAAGAUCGUACGGUGGUUUGAUGGAAGAUUCUUUCGGCAAAACCGGAAGGAUUGUGUUGCAAGUUGCUGUUCUUGUUACCAACGUUGGGGUUUUGAUCGUUUACAUGAUCAUCGUUGGUGAUGUUUUGGAGGGUAUGCUUGAAGGAUGGUUUGGAGAAAGCUGGUGGGACAAGAGAACUAUUGUUCUUCUUUUUACAACUCUUUGUGUCUUUGCUCCAUUGACAUCCUUCAAGCGCAUUGAUACGUUGAGAUUCACAUCUGCCCUAUCACUUGUACUAGCGUUUGUUUUUCUAGUCAUCACUGCGGGAAUAGUCAUUACAAAGUUUUACAGAGGUGGAUUGAUGAAGCCAAGACUCUACCCAAACGUCACUGACUUGUCAUCGGUCUGGAAACUCUUCACCGUUGUUCCUGUGCUUGUCAACGCAUACAUUUGUCAUUCUAACGUCCACAAUAUACAGAACGAGCUUGAAGACUCCAUUCAGAUGAAACCUGUUGUGCGUUCAGCUCUUAUGAUGUCCUCCUCUGUUUACGUAAUGACAAGCUUGUUCGGAUACCUCUUGUUUGGUGAAUCUACUCUUGAUGAUGUUCUUGCAAACUUUGAUACCGAUCUUAAAAUCCCUUUCGGUCCGGUUCUCAGUGACGCAGUCAGACUCAGCUAUGCAGCUCAUCUCAUGCUUGUGUUCCCUGUUAUCUUCUAUCCUUUGCGCGUUAACAUGGACGGUCUCUUGUUCCCUACGGCUACUCCAUCACUUACUACCUCUAAUCUGAGGUUUGCCUCCAUCACUGCCGCUCUCAUUGCUGUAAUCUUUGUGGGUGCAAACUUCAUUCCAAGCAUCUGGGAUGCUUUCCAACUCACUGGAGCUACAACUUCUGUCUGCAUCGGUUUCAUAUUCCCUGCUGCUGUCAUCUUGAAGGAUCGUCAUAACCGAGCAACAAAGAUGGACAAGACUAUAGCCAUUUUCGUGAUUGUCCUUGCGGUUUUCUCCAGUGCAGUUGCCAUUUACAGUGACGCUUACGCCUUAGUCAAGAAGAACAAACCCACAUGUUCAAUGUGAGCAGAUUUGUUUUGUUACUCUACGUGAAACCAAAAAGAGUUAUUGGCGAUAUAAGAUGUCUUUAGAUAGUUCUGAACAGCAUUAUGAAUAGUUGUAGUAGAAUCUUUAAGUAGAUAGAUCAUAUUUGUAAAAUACUGUUGCACUGAUAUAAUUGUCACUGAAUCUUUAAGAUACAGACAAAGAAAAAAACAGCAACAAGCGUCUAUUAGG